UGACCCAAUCCAGAUCAAAACCAGCCAAUCACCGCACCAAUCAGCCAAUCAAUCAAACCAACAAGGCACUUUUUUUUUCCCCUUUCAAACUUAUUUAUUUUUCUUGCAGAUUCUCCGCUCUGUCCUACAGCAGCAGCAGCAGCAGCCGCCGCUCGGUGCUCGGCGCGGUGGUGUUAGACGAGACUGUAAGCUAGGUGGCCGCACGAACACAUUUAUCACACCGAGGCAGUGCCAGACGCACAUGGGAUCCGUCCUGCGUGCCCGGGGAUCUUCAGCACCCUCAGCCGAGCGGAGGGGACCCUCAGCCCGGUCAGGAGCAGCGCUCAGCCGUGCCUGGACUCUUCCUCUGACACUACACACAUACACACUCACACAAAACAUUUCUGAGGUGAUCUUUUUCCUCCCCGAGAGGCUCGCGGAGACACAGCGUCUUAUUUAUUUAUAUCGUGUGUGAGCCUGACAGUCAGCCGCGGCGGACUAACUGCGUCUUAGCGCGGAGAGGUCGGACUUCUUUGGCUGGAGAAAACACACCAAAAAUACGCGAAAAGACUGCCGUCCUGUCGUCGUCGUCCACCCCCCCUAGUCUUUUAUUUCCUGUCAGUUGUUUUUUUUUUUUCUUGCGAUUUAUUUCCUGCUGCCAAACCAGGAACCCGGGACUGAGCCCCUGCUCCGAGGAUGAAAGAAAACUAGAUUUGUGAUCGAGGGUUUGAGGUUGUUUUACUGGAUUUAUUUCGCUGUGGAGGAAAAGAGAUCCGGGAGCGGAGCGGUGCGCAAAAAGCCGAGGUUUUCCUUCAGUCUUCUCUCCUCUCCCUCCCUCUAUCUCUCCAUCUAUCAAUCUGUCUACCUAUCCUCUUCUAUCUAUCUCUCCGUUUGUUUCCAUGUUUUUAGGUCCGUGCGAUUUUGCUAAAAUGCAUCAUCAACAGCGAAUGGCAGCUUUGGGAACAGACAAGGAACUGAGCGACUUACUGGAUUUCAGCGCGAUGUUUUCCCCUCCUGUUAGCAGUGGAAAGAACGGCCCGACCUCCCUGGGGAGCGGACAUUUCUCCGGCUCAAAUAUGGAGGAGAGAACGAGUGCAGGGUCAUGGGCCAGUGGGAGUCGUUCUUCAAAGAGUUAUGCAGAUGGCUCUCAGUACAUGGCAUCACAUGACAGCCUCUCACCUCCCUAUGCCAACUCCAGGCUAACAGGUAAAACAGAGAGGAGUUCAUAUUCGUAUGGCAGAGAGUCCAACCCUCACUGUCACCAGUCAAUACUGGGCGGCGAGUUGGGUUUGGGGAGUCCCGGCGCGGCGUCGCCCACCAAGCCGGCUGGUCAGUACUUCCAGCACUACAGCUCCAACCCACGGAGGAGAGCGUUGCCUAUGGACACCAUGGAGGUUCACACAAAAAAGGUGCGGAAGGUCCCUCCCGGCUUGCCAUCCUCAGUGUACGCUCCGUCUGCCAGUACAGCCGACUACAACAGAGACUCACCGGGCUAUCCCUCCUCCAAACCUCCCAGCUCUGGCUUCCCAAGCUCAUUCUUCAUGCCAGACGGUCACCACAGUGGUGAUCCCUGGAGCAGCAGUAGUAGCAGCAUGAGCCAGCAGGGUUACCACGGCAGCAUGCUGGGGUCCGGCAACUCUGCCCACGGCCCCGCCCAGAGCUCCUCCUACUGCGGGAUACACCCUCACGACAGAUUGAGCUACCCCUCACACACGUCUGCAGAUAUCAGCUCCAGCCUUCCUCCUAUGUCCAGCUUCCACCGAGGGGGAGGGAGCGGGGGCGGGGCCAAUCACUACAGCACUGCUUCUUGCACAGCCCCCACCAAUGGCACAGACAGCAUCAUGGCUAACCGAGCACAGAGCUCAGCAGCCAGCAGCUCUCAGACAGGAGACGCCCUAGGCAAAGCACUCGCAUCCAUCUACUCUCCGGACCACACGAACAACAGCUUCUCGUCCAAUCCCUCCACCCCAGUUGGCUCUCCACCUUCCCUCACAGCUGCCAGCUCAGCUGUCUGGUCGAGAAAUGGCGGACAAGGAGCAUCAUCGCCAAAUUAUGAAGCUCCACUCCAUUCUCUGCAAAGUCGUAUCGAGGACCGUCUGGAGCGUUUGGACGAUGCCAUCCAUGUGCUGCGGAGCCACGCAGUUGGACCGUCCACGGGUAUGACCAGCGCUCACAGUGACAUGCACAACCUCAUAGGUGCCGCACAUACGCACAACGGUGCUAUGGGAGCUCUGGGAACCGGGUACGGAACGGGACUGCUGUCGGCCAACAGACACUCCCUCAUGGUGGGCUCUCACAGAGAAGAUGGCAGCGGCGUGGGCGGUUUGCGUGCCGGACACUCGAUGGCGGGUCAGGUGCCGGUGCCUCAGCUGCCCGUUCAGUCAGCCACCUCGCCGGACCUCAGCCAGCCCGACCCGUAUCGUGCCCUGUCCGGAGGCCUCCAGGGCCAGAGCACCUCCUCCAUCAGUUCGGAGAUCAAGUCUGAGGACGAGGGGGACGAGAACCUCCUGCAGGACGCGAAGCCUCUGGACGGCAAGAAGGACGACACCGACAGCAAGGAGCUCAAAGCUAUUGAUAGCAACAACGAUGAUGAGGACCUGUCUCCGGAGCAGAAGAUGGAGAGGGAAAGGGAACGGAGGAUGGCCAACAACGCGCGGGAGCGUCUGCGUGUCCGUGACAUCAACGAGGCAUUCAAGGAGCUGGGCAGGAUGGUUCAGCUGCACCUGAAGAGUGACAAACCGCAGACCAAGUUACUGAUCCUGCACCAGGCCGUGGCUGUUAUCCUCAGUCUGGAACAACAAGUCCGCGAGAGAAACUUGAACCCCAAGGCAGCCUGUCUGAAGCGUCGUGAGGAAGAGAAAGUCACCGUGACAUCUGACGGGGCUCCCCUGUCAUUGGCCGCUGCACACCACGCCGCCGCAGCCAUGGGCGACGGGUCAAACCCCUUGGGACAAAUGUCAAAGGUGCCAGAGUUCAUCAAGAUGAUGAGUGACCAUUUCCUCUGACGCCGUUUUCCUGACAACCUGGCAAUCGAUCAAACCUGUUGUUGCUUCAGCCUGACCAAUCAGAUUCUGUGGAACUUCAGCCUGACCAAUCAGAUCAGCCUCUUUCUCUCUUCUCGUCUGUUGUCUCUGAUCCUCUUCUUCGCUUCUGUCUCCUUCUUUUGUCGAGAACAUGGACUGCAGAGUCACAUUAGUCGCUUUUGUCACUUUGCAUCUCCAGCCGAAGUGAACUGGAUGCUACUUUGUGGAGACCUUGAAACAGCCGCUGUAACAUGGCUGCUACAAAGUGGCAGUCUGUGGGAGCCUUUGACAUAAAAUGACAGCAAUGGACUAAAGUCUUUGGAAUUACAUCAUCCAAGAAAUUAUUCUUCUUUUACCACUUGUUUUAUCAGCAUUCCCAGUUUUAAAAAAGACAAAGGUUCUACCUAUAGUAUAUAUAUGAGAAAAGGAAAACACGACUAAAAAACUUGUUAAAAAGUGCAACUGGAUGCGGGCAGUGAGUUGGGGAGUGAUGUUCAGUAUGGAGAAAAACAUAUCACAAAUCGUUUUUUGUUUGUUUGUUUGAUUUUUGUUGUUGUUGUUGUUGUUGUUUUGUUUUUGUUUUUUUCAAAAAAAGCAAACAUUUCGCAGCUGUUGUUGAAUGCAGCUUCAGCGCGUCUCUGACUGAAUGGCAAUCUAACACCACACUGUGGAUGAAGCUGUGCCUGAUCUCCUCUCGGAUGAAAACCAGUCAGAUAGAUACACAUGGAGAAAGCAAAGCAAACAAAACUAAGACAAAACAAAAAAAAAAUUAGAACAGAAAAGUUCCAGGAAGUAUCAAUGGAACCAAGGACUUCCCUUUAGAAACCACAUAUUUUCACAGCUUCAAAUGAAAAAAGAAGAUGAUAUUAAGAAUCGGUUGCAACCCAUCUGCUUUAUGGAGGCACUUGAUAGGCCGAAAUAUCUGAACAAAAAUUUAGUUUGCAAAUGCUUUUUGACUAUCAUAGAUGCCUAGAAAGAAGCGGGGGUAAACGAGACACAUAGAGGUAACUCAUUCCUCCCCUUCUUAUGCAUUCCUUUGAAAACUGCAAAUAUUUACAACAGACUUUCAGUGUGAAAAUAUCUGAACAUGUUUUUAUUAGAGUUUUAUGCUGAUGUUGCCACGUUGACUUUGUUUAGCAAACACAGUGACAUUGUUUAACAAAGUGCAAAAUUGCACAAACUAACAUUUUAGCGACAACAUGAACACAAAGACCUGGUCAGUAACCAAAUGACCUAUGUGUAUCUACCGAGAGGAAGAGAAUACCUAGAGAAUCAAUCAAUCACAGAAUCAGUUAAUCAAUCAAUCAAUGAGUGACUCUAGAGGGACUGGGGUGUUGUUACUGAAGAGAGACAGUAGAGGAAUUACAGAAGGCAGGGAGGAAGAAUCUUGAUGUAAUGAAAAAUUGUACUUCUAAACCUUCGGUUUGUGGAGCAGGUUUGAAAACAAUGAGAGAAAGGAAAAGCUAACAUCCCAAAUCAGAGUCCCUUGUCAGAUAUUCAUCAGCAUGUGCAGAGCAGGCAGCGUUGGAAAUGUUGGCUGAAAUCAAAUGAUUAUUGGGCAGAUGGUUGAGAGGAUGGACAGAUGAUGAAAACGAUGAAGGGAAGGGUUGCACUGAAUGCUGAAGAAAAUUCUAUUCCAUGUUUAGCACAUUCCCUGAAUCAUGAUCACUCUAUUUAUAUGAAGUGCUCCCCAUGUCCUGAAGACCUGAACUAUGAGAGGCUUGUGAGUCAUGGAAGGGUAAGGAGAAAAGCAGAACUGAAGUGGGCCAACAUCCUGCAGACCUGGAAAUAAGGAGGCAGAGAAGGAAAAACAGAUAAUCCAGAGGUCUAAAUGAUGACAACGCUGCAGGGGAAGCAAGGGGAACAAUCAUUGGGGUGAGGGGUGUUUAAUUUUCUUCUAGGGGCCAAGCAGCAGUAGUCAAAUCAUUCCUGGAUCGGAUUCAUCAGAUUCCCUCAUGUCCUCAUUUAAUAUCUGGCAUAUCAGAACCCUAAACCUCUAACCUCAACCCUCAGCCCAGAGUAACAUCCUUGAGAGACUUUCUGAUUGACAUUUAAUGUUUGUGCCGUUGUGUCUUGAUUUGGUUGAUUUGGUCAUAGCAGCAGCUAUAGCAGCAGUGUUGAGAUCCUUUGGGUCCCCAGAUUGUUCUUGUUUGUCAGUUGUCAUGAGUCUGGUAUGAGUCCAGCAACCAGACAUGUCUGACAUAGGGCCAAGACAUUUUGAUUACUGCAAUUUGCUCAAAAUACAUAGGAAUUCAAAACAUUUGAUGACAAUAGGCAUACUGUAACCAUCUGAAACCAAAUUAGUAGUCUGAGAGAGAUCCAAUCCAGAAGUCUAAACAACCAAUACAGAAUAUCACUUCAUAAUUUUAGAGUGCUGCCUCUUGUAUAUAGACUUAUCUAGGUUUGUGCUGAAGUCAACAUUGACUUGAGAGUCAGACAGGAUUGAGUAAGAAACUGACAGGAUUAGAAUAGGACAGGACUGGCAGGGACAAAUGUCACGACCAGGUGAGACCAAUAGUAAAUGAAUCAGGGGCCGAUAGGUCAGGAAGGAAACUUACUUAAUGUUUAUUGCAUUGCUAUGCAUCAGGGUCAAAGAUAAAGGUAACAGCGAUAUGUGCAAGAACAUCUAUUGUGUUCGUGAAUCUGAAAGUCCCCUCUCGCCCUCACCCCAAUUUGAACCCUCCUCUGCCUAGGCUUGUGUUUAAUCCCCAGUCCCAGUGUUGUCUUCUCUGCUGACCCUAGCCUUAUGAGCCCUAAAUCAGAGCCCUAACCCCUCUCCCCAGCCUCUUGCCCCACCGAAGCAUUCCCGCAGAUGCAAUUUGAACAUUAACAAUUCUACCGAUGUGCCUUUUUAGAGUUCAUAUCAUUCGAGUUGCCAGAGGAGGACAUUUACCUGGUCUUUUAAUAGGAUGCAAGCUUAGGGAAACCUGUUCUUAGUCGUUAGGUUCUAUGCAGUCAGGUUUUUUACCAGACCUGGGAAUUUAAAAAAAGCUAAAAAGGAAAAAAAAGUAUUUUUUGGAUAAAAAAAACAAAAAAACUAAACUGUAUUUAAUGUACUGUACGCUUAUAUGUAAGUAGACAGCGUGUUCUGGCUUCAAGCCCAUGAGACAGACGCUUGAUUUAGCAAGACAAGCCCCCAUCCCAGUCCUUUCCAUAUCCCCAAAUCCUCUAUAACCCCAGCCCUUUCCGUUCCAAGCCCCAGCCCUGUUUCCAUGGUGAACAACGCGUCUCUUCUUGUAUUAUAGCUUAUCAGCUUUUUAUCAAUAUUUGAUCGGCUUGUCCGUAAGCCAAUGUAGUCUUCAGUACAAAGUGUGUGGUUGUAUGUUGUAAAAAAAUUUCUUUUUCUCUCUCUCUCCCUUUUUUAAGAAGAACCUUUUCUCUUAUUACUUUUUCUUUGUCUGUUAUGGUUUACAUGUCUAUUAUAGAAAAUGUAAAAACAAAACAAAAACGAAAAGCAACACAAUUCGCUAUCUGACAGCAUUCUUCUCUUUCGAUCAUCAUUUUGACGCGGUUAAAAUCCUACCCAAUCAACAGGAUGGCACGGAAACUGGAAAAGAAUCUAUUUGAAUAAAUCAAUCUAUAUAUAAAUGUACAAAAAUAUAUACGAUAUAUAAAGAGGGUGCCAUUUUCUGUUAUUUUUUUAUUUUAUGUUUCAAAGAAGUGUUUGCUUGGGGAGGAAUUAUUUUCUCAAAGACUGAACUGGGAGAAGUUGGCGAGGCCCCUCAGUGUUAUAAAUUUUCAACUGACUUUGUUGUGUUUCGCCGUUGUUGCCAUGACAACACUCUCUGACUAGUACGGCACCCUGCGCAGGACAAAAUGGGACCGGAGUUCCAUCAGCUCCAUUCACUGCUAUCUAUCCAAGGCAACAACACACAGACGUUUGUAAAUUGUAUGCAACAAAAAGGCAAACUUUACCAUUAUUUUGAAAUUGUGUAUGUAAAAGUUAUAUUUUUACAUGUAGACUGUUGUUAUUUUGUGUUUUAGAAAUAUGUUGUAUUGGUUUUUUUUGUUAAAAGAUGAAAAAGUAAAAUUCAGUGUGUGUUGAAAAAAAUGUGUCACAUUGAAACUGUAGUGAGGUCAAAAUUUCAGAAUCUUUUUUUUUUUUUCUUUUUCUCAACAUUAUGUUUAUUAUCUGUGGGGAACAUUUCUGAUGGUUUGUGGGAGGAAUCAGAAAUCAUAAAAGAUAUAUGAUAUUUGUUUAAUUCUCCAUGCCUCAUGACAUUACCAUUUUUAAUUGUAUUUUUUGCAGAGAAAUGUGUAAAUAGUCAUAAAACAUUUUCUUUGGGGUUUCUGUGGGGUGAGGACUUGCCAGUGAGACGCGAUGAUGCUGAACUUGUUUUGUGAGGUUGUAUUUGUCCGAUUAGUAGCCAGGUGCCAACUAUUAGUUUCGGUCAAUGGUGCUCAGUACUGUAUAUGGUUUUGGUUGCUGACCAUCUGAAGUGUAAGUCAAAUUAUUGUCUUUGCUUGCACCAAGAAUCACUUGUGUCAGAGCCAGCUUGAGCCAUUUUUUACCAUCAUGUGAAGAAUUAAUUUUGAUUUUAUAACAACAUAUAUAACAACAAAAAAUCUGGCAUGGGAAAUACUAUUAGGGAACGUGCAAAUGCAAAAAAAAAAAAAAAUCUCAUAAAAAUAUAGUACUACAUAUCAUCACUCAAAAGUUCACAAUCUGAUUUUGUUUUGUACCUGAAAAAAUGUGUUUAGAUGAUCCAUUUUUAUAAGGUAGUAUAACAAAAUCGAUGAUUUUAUGUUUUAUUACAUAAAUCAUGAGGAAAACUGUGUUACCCAAAGAGAGUUCACAAAUUCACUUCCCUGUAGUUCCCUCUGGUGGCUUUGGGCCGGUUCUGACUCCAGUGCAUUCAUUUCUGUCAAGAUGGGUUGUAAAUGUUGAUUAAAUGAAAGAGCCUCAGCACCUGAUUCAAGGUUAAUAUAUUAAAAUAGAGAUUGGAAUAUUGCUAAUAUGAAAAAGCAGAUCAUCAGCAAACAAUCUUAUCAGCUAUGUCCCCAAAAAGAUAUCAGAUCAAGUGCAAGGCAGUUUCAGUUUGUUUAUAGUGUUUGCCAUUAAAAAUGAGCUUUUUAUCAAAAGGAAAAGCUGCUUUGAAUUGGACCUAGGUUAAACACUAGGAUUGAAUCUGUCAGUGUAAGUGCUAAAUGUAUUUUUUAAGUAAUGUUAUUUUUGUGAUGCUUCAUUUCAUAUUUUGUCUUUGUUGUAUAAUCAAGUCAUCUCCUGAAUUACAGUAUCUUCAUUUUUAUGUUACCCCUGAUGUUUCUAUUAGCCAAAAUGUUAACUUUUUUUUUUCUUUUCCCUCCUUAAUGUACAUACACACCUCAUUUCUCUUUUUCAGUGACUGUGCCAUGAGCUUUGUAAUCAGUUACUCUGUACCAGUUUUACUGCAAUAAUGAGUUGAAUUCAAAAUGGCAACUCCUGUCCUUUGUUGUCCCAACAAUAGAAGCAUUUCUCUCCUUCCUCAUCAUAGCUAACCCUAUUUAAAAGAACAAAUAUACUUGGGUAUACUCCACAUGUGAGCACUAACAAACAACAGUAGCACAGCAAAUUUGAAAUUUGGUACAUUUAAGUAAUACUAAAUUUAAUUUGUAUUUUUUCACCACAAAAGAAUUAAAAAAAACAAAAACAUUUUCAACACUUUAUACAAAUGAUCAGUAAGGAUGCUAACAUUACUUCUUUUGCAAUCAAAGGAGCCUCUUUUGAUGUUUUUAACCACUAUGUGACGAAGAAAUUAAACUUUUCUAAUGCCCACUGCCAGAAGAAAAAACUGUUUAAAACUCCUGCCAAUGUUUUAACAUUCUUCUUGCUCAGUGUUUCACUUAAGGCAUUAAAUAUUUUCCAAUUUUAUAUUCAUUAGUCAGUAGAAAUUAUUUAUACUGAAACAUAUGUCUCAGUUUUUGAAAACUAAAGUUUAAUUAAUUUAUUCUCUGCAUCUAAACUUUUUGGACCAAACCAGUAUUUUAGUUUUUAUUAAGUUGUGCUGAAAAAGGUGACAUUGCGUUACGUUGAGUUAAUAAAUUGUAGUUCACAGAUUAUUUAAAACUCCACAGGGGUCUGUGAACUGAUGACCAUGUCAACAAACAAAAGAAAAUAAAAUAAAACUUUAAGCAAAAAGAUUUUAUCAUUUUUGAGACAAUCUUUCUUUGAAAGUUAUAAUUAACUACUUCAGAUGUAUUAAAUCAUGUGCUAUUAGUUCUCAGGAAAGCCACAGUGAAUCAAUCAGUUUUCAUUUCUUCUGAAUUAUGCUUACUGGUGAUGGUUUUCAGUCAGUUAUAUACAUUCUCACCCAACGUCAUUUUAUAAGAUAGAUAUCAGUAUCAUAUUUGUUCACCCAUUACAGACUGAGGAACAGGAUGUAUUUAGUCUUACUUAGCACAAAGACUCCAAGCAGGUGGGAACUGCUAGCCUAACUGCUAGCCUCCAAAAAAAAAAAAAGAGAAAAAAAUACAACAUGAGCAACUCUAAAGCUGUCCGAUCUAUAUAUUUUAUAUUUUAGAUAACAGCCUAGUCACAGAUCCAUCCCAUUAUUAGCUCACAGUGGGGAGAGGACUUUUGAGAUGCUUUGUGCACUCAUUACACCCAGUGGUGGUUGGUCAGCAAAUAGCUCCAUCUAACUGCUGCUAAGAAAUCACAGGGUCUACUCUUCACAUUUCUACUUCUAUACCUGGUCAGUAUUUCCAAACAUGUAAACUGGACAAACAUGAAGUAAAUACUGAUUUACUGGAAUCCAAACAGACCACUAGGAGUAAGUAAGAGAGUAGGUGUUUGAGAUUUAGGUGAACUGAUCAUGUAAGAUGAUCUGAGUAUGCAUGACUACUAUACUGUACUGGAUUUAUGAGAUACCAUUUCUGUGAGUCCAUUAACGUUAUCCUGGACAACUGCAUCCACCUAAGCCGUGUUUGAAGGGAGUUUUGCCAAGAAGAUAACAUCUGCAUUAGCCCACCUACAAAGCUCAGAUUGAUGGAUUGUUUGUCCAGAGCAGUUCAAAAAGACAUCAAUGAGAACAGCACACCUGUUGGAAGGAACAAAUCAGACAUCAGGCAAUUGGUUAGGAACCAGGAUGCAGUUUAAUAAUUUCACUGCCCAACUGUCAAAGAGAAAGAGCAAUUUAAAUAUAAAUCGGUAAUAGCAGGAAGGAAUUAAUUCAAUUUAUUGCAGUUCAGUAUUAAUUGAAGCCCCUUGGCAUACAGUACACUGGACUGUGUAGUUUUCAGCAGCAGUAGGCACAAACAAACAGUUUACCGAGAUGAUGCUGACUCAUCUUCUUACUCAGUUCACCAUGUUCUCUCUGUGAGCGCUAUUAGUCAUUUUCAAAGACAUGCUUCAUUUUUCAGUAUUAUAAUCAUUACGUAAGGUGAAAAUAUAUGAACUGUUGCCUUUUUACUUUCUUCUUGUUCCUUGUGAUGCAGUUCAGCUGAAAAAAUGGAAAACAAACAAACAACAACAAAAACCACAUGAAGCAGAAUUACGCUGUUAUCAGUGCCUGGGCUUUUUUUCCUUUUCCUUUUUUUUAAGCUUUCUUUGCCUACAACUCCUUUUCUAUGGAGUAGACUUAGUUCCUCCUAGUUACUGGCACAAAAAUGAAACAAAAUCAAUCAUGAAUUAAAUAUACUGGCUUGUUUUUUGCAGGGGCAAUCCUUUUAUACAUGAGUAUUGAGGAGAACAAUUAAAGAAAAAACAAAAAUCAGAUUAUUGUAUGAAAACAGAAAAUUAAAUGAAAUUAUUCACUUUGUAAUUUUUUUGAAAGCGUGCAAAAAUGAUGAAGAGAAUUUGUUACUUUUGUUAUAUUUCUAAGAUGCUUUAUUUGACCAUGUGUUACUGAAGAUGAGCCUGUGAGGUUUUGUGUGUGGCAGGUCCCAGUUAGAGGCAGUAAUGUGGGAUGUUCCAUCCAAACCGGCAACUAAUGACAUUACAAAAUAUCAGACAAAAGAUGACAGUUAAAAAAAAAAAAUAAUAAAAAAAAAAUCCAGCGUGUGGCUGAGUGCCUCAAAUCUGGGUGCACGUGUUCUUUUCUACACUUCCAUUUUCUUAGUUAUUCUGAGUAAUGUGUAUACUUUUACUUUAUUUUUAUGUUACUUAAUUAUUACUGUCCCUAUGGUUGCUGUUAUUGUUGAUGUUGUUAUUAUUACACUUUGGUUUUAUUCCAGAUCAGUGGAGACGUUGGGGAGCAGGUUCUUUUUGAUUUCUGUGCUGAGGGUUUUAUUCUCCUCGUACCAGCCCAACAGUUGGCCAUUCGUUGCCUGUUGGUUCUCAUCUUGUAGUGAUUCAAUGAGGUUCAUGUUCAUGACCGUUCUGUAGCAAUAAAUGUGCCAUUUUUAUAAUGCA